CUUCUGAACGCGGUGCCUAAGAAGAAAGUCUCGCACUCUCGCAAGGCCAUGCGAGCAGCCAACAAGGGCUUGAAAGAUCGCGUUGACCUUGUCCACUGCCAGGGUUGUGGAAGACCCAAACUCGCGCACCAUAUCUGCGGACACUGCUUUAAGGAGAUCAAUCGAUGGCAGAAGGCUGAGCAUCCGCCUACUGCUCGAAGACCCUGA